AUGGCCAUGAAUCCAAACGCCGCCAUGGCCAAUAUGAAUCCGAUGGGUGGCCCGGUCGGGAGCGCGCCAAUGCCCAUGAUGAACAACGGCGCUGUCAAUCCCCAAGCCGCCGCCGCUGCCGCGAGACAGCAGCAGCUGAACGACAACCAACGCAGCGUCCUCAACACCUAUAUUUACGAGUAUUUCCUACGGUACGGCAUGUUCGACUGCGCCCGUGCCCUCCUUUCCAGCCAGCAACAGGUUAAUGUGAAGGAGGGGAAGAACGUCAACUCAGUCAACGGUACUGGUGACGACGCCAUGGAUACCGACUCCAAGGAUGACAUUGAUUCCAAAACUCCCGACGACUUGCCCGCCCCCAAACUUCCCAUGCCUGCAUCCGAUACAUCCUUUCUGUAUGAGUGGUUUUGUCUCUUCUGGGAUAUAUACAACGCGCAGCGCGUAAAGGGCAACAACGGGACAAUCAACCAAUAUGUCAUGCACACUCAGGAAAUGCUUCGUAUGCGACCCGAUAUGCAACAGGCCUAUCAAGCCCAGAUGGCUCGUGGCAUGCAAGGCGGCAUGGCUGGCAUGAAGCCGGGCAACCUGGCACGCACUGCUAUGGCUAACAACCAGAACCCGCAAAUUAUGCUUGCCAAGCAAAACCCCAUGCAGCGAGAUCCAUCUCACAUGAACGCGAACCAGGACCGACCGUCGUCUCCUGCUGCUGGCGGGGAUAACGCACCGUCGCCUUCCGCUAAGCGUCAACGCACUGACGGUGGUCCGGGCAUGCCGCAGCAAAUGAUCAAUGUGAAUGGAGCUCAAACGGCGCACCAACUGCUCGCAGCCAGCGGAAUUAACCCUAACUCUCUUACCCCCCAGCAGCUAGCUUCGCUUGCGAGCACGCCUCCCCAUGCUCAGCAAAAAUCGAUUGCAACCUAUAUGGCGAACAUGCAAUCGCAUCACGGAAAACAGCUUGGAACUCAGCCUGGCAUGCCCAACGUCCCCAACCCUCCGAACCAAGGCUCUCCGAUGGUACCCCAUGGGCCAGAUGGAACUACGCUCAACAAUUUCUACAACGCCCCCGAAAUUGGUGGUGCCAUGCGUCCUGGCCCCCCUGGUGCCGCAGCCGCUCAGGGCACGGGUAGUAACCAUGCUCUCCAGGACUACCAGAUGCAGCUGAUGCUCCUAGAACAGCAGAAUAAGAAAAGGCUGAUGAUGGCUCGCCAAGAGCAGGAUAACAUGGGUGGCGCCAUACCGCGGGACGGCCCUCCUGGUCCUGGCCCUAACGGACAGUUCCCCGACACGUCACCACAGGCGAUGCGGAGUGGUGCCUCGCCAAACCCUGGUGACCAGAUGAAGCGUGGUACUCCUCAGAUGAACAGCUCUGGAAUUCCAUCCCCGAUUCCGGAGGGCGGCCAGUCAAGAGACUCGCCCAACCCUAUGAACUUCAUGAACAACCAAGUCGACCCCACCAUGGCACCGCAUUUCUUCAAGGGCAUUGACCCCAACAUGGCUGGCGCGCAAGCUCAGAUGAACGGCAUGCGCCCGCCUAGCUCGCACCCCGGUCAAACAUUUGCCCAGCAGCAGAUGAUGGCAGCAAGGGCACAACAACAACAACAACAACAAGGCCAAGGCAAUCCAGCGCAGCAGUGGCAGCAAGGGCCUAACGGACCGAUGGUUGGCCAGGGUAUGCCGCAGAAUCCUCAGGCUCAGGGCACCCCUCAACAGCGCGCCAUGCCACCGCCAUCCGCUCCCGCUGGGGCUGGUCCCAACGCCAACAGGACAACGGCCUCUCCUCAGCAAUCAGCAGCCGCACCGCCGACGCCGAACCAGGGCACCAAGGCUGCUCCUAAGAAGAAGGAGACCAAGGCUGCUAAAGACAAACGCACCGCCGCUCAAAAGAGCAAGGCAGCUGCUGCCAACGCUACGGGUGCCACGCCUGCAGCAGAUGGCCCCGGUGAUGGUGAUGCCGCCGCUCCAGCCACGCCAAUGACACCCUCUUUUAACAAGGCGGUAUCAAACGCGCAAGGCAACACCGCUCCUGCGACAACAGCACCAGCGGCCAGCGCGCCCCCUGUGGCUGCACCCGCACAGCCUCAAGGCGAUCUCGGGCAGAAUGGCCUGGCUACAGAUAAUUAUGGCAUGGUGGACUUCCCUGGCAUGGAGUUCGCCAAUCCUCUUAACACGGGCGAUGUCCUCAACGACUUUGACUUCGACUCGUUUCUGCAUGAUAACGACGGCAAUGCCGAAGCGUUUGACUUUAACGGCACAUUCUCGGGGAUGGAAGGUAACGAGAUUGGUGCAGAUUGA